GUUAUCGUGUUUACACACGGACACACACACACACACACACACACACACAGACACACAGACAUACGGACAAGAUGGCAAAAUUAUGUUUUUCCCUAUCAGUGAGAUGCAAAACGUCGAGAUUUGCAAAAAUCUCGAUUUUUUUUUUUUGCACGAUUACAAGACUUUCUCUAUACUUCGUAUAUACGAGAAAGUAAAAAUGCUUUGUAAUACGGACUAUACAACAAGACGAUCAUAUUUAAAUACAUUUUCAUAUGAAUAGAAAUGAAAGGGAAGCUACUCUCAAUAACAUUUUCUUAAGAUGGCUGCUGUUUUUAAUAGCAAAUUUACUAUCUCGAACAGGGUUGAUAAAAAUUAAUUUCAGGAUAUUUAAAUUGAUUUAACCAUCAAUGAUCUAGAAAGAAAGAUCUAGAUCUAGAUUAUUCUAAAUCUAGACUAACUUCUACUUCUAGAAGUGAAGAUAAUCUACCUGCUACAGUUCUGAAAUGCAGAUUGCGAGAAGCAAAAUGCUCCAGGUCUCAAGGUACUUUCUGCCAUGUUUUCCAAAGUGUCAACUCCACACAUCCAUACAGAGAUAUUUCCCUAUGGUCCCCAUCGUCAUAGAGCAAACUGGACGGGGUGAAAGAGCUUAUGACAUAUUUUCAAGAUUGCUGAAAGAAAGGAUAAUAUGUAUCAUGGGACCAAUCCAUGAUGAACUCUCAAGUCUAGUGGUGGCGCAGCUCCUAUUUUUACAAUCAGAGAGUAGCAAAAAACCCAUUCAUAUGUAUAUCAACAGUCCAGGUGGCUCAGUGACUGCUGGUCUUGGUAUCUAUGACACCAUGCAGUAUGUGCAGCCUCCUAUAGCCACAUGGUGUGUGGGUCAAGCCUGUAGCAUGGCCUCCUUAUUGCUGUGUUCUGGUGCCCCAGGCCUGCGCCACUCUCUGCCCAACUCACGUGUCAUGAUUCACCAACCUUCAGGGCAAGCUGCAGGCCAAGCAACUGACAUUCAAAUUCAGGCAGAAGAAAUUUUAAAGUUGAAGAAACAGAUCAACAGAUUGUAUGUUAGGCACACCAAACAACCAUUAGAACUGAUUGAAAAAAGUAUGGAGCGUGAUCGCUUUAUGAGUCCAUCUGAAGCCUUAGAAUUUGGAUUAAUAGAUACUGUCCUUGAACACCCCCCAGCUGUGGAGGCAGACACAAAAAAAUGAUUUUUGUUUCACUGGUUUUAAAAAAAUACAUUUUUCUUAUUAUGUCAAUGUGUUGGAAGGAAUUAUUCUAUUCAUAGUAAAAAGUCACUACAUUG